GAAAUUUUAACGUUUUAUUUUCCUUUUUAAAUUUGAACAUUGAAUUUUUAUUAUGUUUAUGAUUUAAUGAUUUGAGGAAAGUAUAAUUCUAUGAUUUUGGGUGGUUUUUUUAUUUAUUAUUGUUUUUGUGAAAUAUUUUGGGUUAUUUUAGUGAAGUUGUAGGUGAGAAGAUUUGGAACCGUUAAGUUUGAUUAUAAAUACGCAAAUCGUUUUAUUUUUCUUUUAGUUUUCGGUUAAAUCUGGGAAAUUUUUUUAUACUUGUUUGGAAAGAAAUGAUUAUUAGAAUUGUAAUUACGAGGUAUGUGUUCUAUAUUCUUUCGAUGAAUUUAAGGUUGUGUAUUUUGAAAGGUUAAAAAAAUGGUUUUCUUCGUUUUUGUGCUUCCAAUAUCGUACUUAUAGACAUGCUAUUAUUUAUAUAGGCAUAGUUGGUGAAGUAGGACUAGUGCUUCAGCAUCUUGUAUUGUGUUGACAAUUUCGGGGCUGAACUUUAGGGUAUCAUAGUUUAAAAAGUAAUUGAAUCAGAAAUUGUUCCAAGAAAAAUUGCUGUAUUGCCGAGUUGACAACAGUAUUUUCUGCAACUUACCUUAGGAGUUCAAAAUGCUGGUGGAGGGUGUGAUAUUUGACACAUAGGAGACAGUUAUUUCUAUAGUUAUUACCUCAAAGUGCAUGAUUCUGGAAAAGCUAGAGGAAGAUCUUCUUUAGAGUUAUAUAGGGAAUUAUUGUGACGACAAGUAGAUGUGAUGGAUCAUCAUGAGGAUGAAUGUCGGGCUGGAGGUGAACACCAUGGUAAACAAGAUGAUGAGGAAGCUGUUGCUCGUAUUGAGGAAAUUAAGAAAUCAAUUGAGGGCAAAAUGGCUCUUCGUCAAACCAAUUUGAAUCCUGGAAGGCCUGACUCUGGGUUCCUCAGGACAUUGGAUUCCAGCAUUAAGCGCAAUACAGCUGUUAUUAAAAAAUUAAAGCAGAUAAAUGAAGAGCAGAAGGAAGGAUUAAUGGAGGAGCUACGAAAUGUCAAUUUAACUAAAUUUGUUAGUGAAGCUGUGACUGCUAUUUGUGAUGCCAAGCUUAAGAGUUCAGAUAUACAGGCUGCAGUUCAGAUCUGCUCUUUGCUUCACCAAAGGUAUAAUGAUUUCUCACCAAGUCUGAUACAAGGGCUCCUGAAAGUCUUCUUUCCUGGAAAAUCUGGGGAUGAUUUGGAUGCUGACAGGAACUUUAAGGCAAUGAAGAAGCGUAGCACUUUGAAACUUCUUCUUGAACUUUACUUUGUUGGAGUUAUAGAAGACAAUGGAAUCUUUAUCAAUAUCAUUAAGGAUCUUACCAGCACAGAGCACUUGAAGGACCGAGAUGCUACUCAGACAAAUUUGACUCUUCUCGCUAGCUUUGCUCGACAAGGGCGAGUGUUUCUAGGACUUCCACUUUCUGGUCAAGAAAUUCAAGAUGAGUUCUUUAAGGGCCUUAAUAUCACUACGGAUCAAAAGAAAGCUUUUAGGAAGUCAUUCCAUGCGUAUUAUGAUGCUGCCACUGAACUUCUUCAGUCUGAGCAUGUGUCACUUCGCCAAAUGGAGCAUGAGAAUGCCAAGAUUCUAAAUGCUAAAGGAGAGCUCAAUGAAGAAAAUGCAUCUUUGUAUGAAAAGUUGCGAAAAUCUUAUGAUCAUUUGUACCGCAAUGUCUCAUCUUUAGCAGAAGCACUUGAUAUGCAACCUCCAGUGAUGCCAGAGGACAGUCACACAACUAGGGUUAGUACUGGAGAGGAUGCUUCAUCUCCAGCCACUGGAAAAGAGUCUUCGAACCUUGAAGCUAUAUGGGAUGAUGAAGACACUAGAGCUUUCUAUGAAUGCUUACCAGAUCUGAGAGCAUUUGUCCCAGCGGUAUUAUUGGGAGAAGCUGAGCCCAAAAUGAUUGAGCAAACUUCAAAGGCACAAGAGCAACCAACUGAAUCCUCUAUUGAAGCAGAUCAAAGUACACCAGUUGCACAGGAUGCUGUGGAGGCUUCUGUAGACUCUGGGACUCUGCAAGAAGGGAAAAGUAUAGGGAAAGGGAAGGAUAAAGAAGAAAAGGACAAGGAAAAGACCAAAGAUCCUGACAAGGAGAAAGGGAAAGAGAAAGAAAAAGAUACUGAUAAAAAAGGAGAAAAUGAAAAGGAAAAGCUCAAAGGUCUUGAAGGGACAAAUUUGGACGCACUACUGCAAAGACUCCCGGGUUGUGUGAGCCGUGACCUUAUUGAUCAACUGGCGGUGGAGUUCUGUUAUUUGAAUUCAAAAUCAAAUCGGAAAAGGCUUGUUAGAGCUUUGUUUAAUGUCCCAAGGACUUCUUUGGAGUUGUUGCCAUACUACUCACGUAUGGUUGCAACAUUGUCAACUUGUAUGAAGGAUGUUUCCUCUAUGCUCUUGCAGAUGUUGGAGGACGAAUUCAACUUCUUAAUUAAUAAAAAGGAUCAAAUGAACAUUGAAACAAAGAUCAGGAAUAUUAGGUUUAUUGGAGAACUCUGCAAGUUCAAAAUUACACCAGCCGGCAUUGUUUUCAGUUGUCUGAAGACAUGUUUAGAUGAUUUCACUCAUCAUAACAUUGAUGUCGCUUGCAAUCUUCUUGAGACAUGUGGUCGUUUUCUAUAUCGUUCUCCUGAAACUACCAUAAGAAUGGCUAACUUGUUGGAGAUAUUGAUGCGCUUGAAAAAUGUAAAAAAUUUGGAUCCUCGACAAAGCACACUUGUAGAAAAUGCUUACUACCUUUGCAAACCACCUGAAAGAUCUGCACGGAUCUCUAAAGUCCGUCCUCCAUUGCACCAGUAUAUCAGAAAAUUGCUAUUUACAGAUCUUGAUAAGUCUUCCAUUGAGCAUGUGCUGAGGCAACUUCGUAAAUUACCAUGGAGUGAAUGUGAAUCAUACCUCUUAAAGUGCUUCAUGAAGGUUCACAAGGGGAAAUAUGGUCAGAUUCACUUGAUUGCUUCUCUCACUGCUGGUUUGAGUCGCUAUCAUGAUGAAUUUGCUGUUGCUGUUGUCGAUGAGGUUUUGGAGGAGAUUAGGCUUGGUCUGGAAUUGAAUGAUUAUGGUAUGCAGCAGAGACGCAUUGCUCAUAUGCGUUUUCUUGGGGAGUUAUACAACUAUGAGCAUGUCGACUCUUCUGUCAUCUUUGAAACACUCUAUUUGAUGCUUGUUUUUGGCCAUGAUACAGCACAGUUUCUGCAUUGUCAGCACGAUGUCCUCGAUCCACCCGAGGAUUAUUUUCGAAUCAGGAUGGUAAUUACUCUUCUUCAGACAUGUGGGCACUACUUUGACCGAGGUUCUUCCAAGAGAAAACUUAAUCGAUUCUUGAUACACUUCCAGAGGUAUAUUCUUAGCAAGGGUGCCUUACCAAUGGAUAUUGAGUUUGACUUGCAGGACUUAUUUGCAGAGUUACGUCCCAACAUGACCCGGUAUUCAUCUGUGGAAGAAGUUAAUGCAGCUUUAGUAGAACUUGAGGAACAUGAACGUGCUGCUUUAACUGACAAGGCUAGUGAGAAGCUCUCCGAUACUGAAAAGCCUUCUGAUGGGAUACCUGCCCAUUCCAUCUCAGCUGAUCGACCAAGCAUUUGGAAUGGUUCUGAGGAAAAUGGAGUGCAUGAGGAAAUUGGUGACAGUGACAGUGAAUCAGGGAGUGGCACCAUUGAACCCGAGGGAGAGGAUGAUUUGGAUGAAGAGAAUCAUGAUGAUGGAUGUGAUACUGAUGUGGAGUAUGAGGAGGAUGGCGGACUGGCAUCUGACGAUGAUGAAGUUCAUGUCAGACAGAAGGUAGCAGAGUUGGAUCCUGAAGAAGUAGCCAAUUUUGACCAAGAGCUCAGGGCUGUAAUGCAGGAGAGCAUGGAGCAACGCAAGUUGGAGCUAAGGGGCCGACCUACAUUAAACAUGGUGAUACCAAUGAAUGUGUUUGAGGGUUCUAUUAAAGAUCAUCAUGGACGGGUAGUUGGAGGGGAAAGUGGUGAUGAAGCAUUGGACCAAGAGGCUGGAGGGAGCAGAGAGGUGCAGGUGAAAGUUCUUGUGAAGCGAGGGAACAAACAACAGACAAAGCAAAUGUAUAUUCCUCGCGAUUGUACUCUUGUCCAUAGCACAAAACAGAAAGAAGCAGCCGAGUUUGAAGAGAAACAAGACAUUAAGAGGCUGGUCUUGGAGUAUAAUGACAGGGUAGAAGAGGAGAAUAACGGACUUGGAACACAGACAUUGAAUUGGCCAAGUGGGAAUAGCAGAGCUUACAGUCGUGGAAACUCAUGGGAAGGAUCCGGUGGGAGGACUGGGGGACCACGUCAUCGUCAUCAUACCCAUUCAAGGAGUGUAGCUUAUUAUGGCAGGAAAAAGUGAGUUUCACAGAAGCAAAUAAAACAUUUUGACGUGUGGGCAUAUCAUCAUAUUUUAGCAUAUGUUGCCUACAACAGAGAAGGAUUGUAAACAACAUAGGCAUGCGCUCUCACUCUACUGCCAGCUGGGUGAAUGAUCUCUUCAGGUGCAAUUCGAAAUGGAAUUUUGAUACUACUUUUGUCCUGCGACAGCAAUCAGGCCUUCCUGCAAGAGGAUUACUGUUUUAUCGAUUUCCUCGUACAGGCAAGGUACACAUACAUCUGACCUGAUUUGUUGCCAGAAAGUAGUGUUAAUCGGGAGUACAUACAACAGAUUGCCACGUGUGAUUUUGGGAAUGAUGAACUGAAGAUAAAGCUUUAGGAGUCCUAAAAUUAGAGUGGUUCCUGUAUUUACUGUUGUAUCUGUUAGAAAGGAAGAAAUGGAUUUUGAUUAAACAUGGCUUUGUAGCAACCCCAAGUGAAAUUUCGAUUCGAUGAUGUUUGUUUAAUAUCAGAAAAUAUCAAUGCCACAUAUUUGGUCGGAUUGAUUGUGCCUGUUUAUCAGAGUUGACAACACUUUCUUGAUUCCUGAUGGUGUUGAUUUGCAGGGUGAUAAUCACCUCUUCUUGUUUCUACUCUUUAGAAGCUUGACAUGUUGAAGUAAACUGGAUUUGAAAUUUUUCCCACUAGACUUCUGCUUAAUUGGUAUAGUUUUCUAGUUGUAAAUUGAAGCUGUGCUAUUUCAUUUUU